CCGUGGGGUUCAUCUCCCCCACCAACUCGUCGGGGGAGCUCACGGGGGAGCUCACGGGGGAGCUGGUGCCUGACGACGCCAUCAUCACAGACAUCAACGCCAUUGAGUGUGUCAGGCGCUGCCGUGUGUGCUUAACCACCCUCCACCGCUCUCCACCGAACCCCACACCCCUCCCCGCCUUGCAGCCAUGGGCCAUGGGGUUCAUCUCCCCCGCCAACUCCUCGUGGGAUCUCACAGGCGAGCUGGUUCCCGAUGACGCCAUCAUCAUGGACAUCGACGCCACUGAGUGCGUCAGGCGCUGCCAGACCUACCCAGGGCCGUGCGUCACAGCGCAAUACGUGCCCGGCAUGCAGCGGUGUGUGCUCAAGAAGGAGUAUGGCACAGCAGUGAGCACAGCGCCGGGAUACCUGGCGUUUGUCAAGAAGUGUGCAGUGGACAACGGGGGGUGCGGCCAGCGUCUGUGCCAGCAGGGGCAACCCAACACAUGCAUCGAUCCUAAAGAGUACGGGUUUCGGUUCAAGGACAAGGACUUGGAUUACACAGGCCCCCAUCACCCCAAUCUCCCUCCCCUCUUUCCUCCCCACACGGGUUUCGGUUCAAGGACAAGGACUUGGAUUACACGGGCCCGGAGGUGGGGGGGGGCGAGGGGCUGGACUCGGCAGCGUGUGUGGAGCGCUGUCAGAAGAACGACAG